AUGGCCGACCACGCCGAAGAUCACGACUCAAAGGAAAAUGCGGCUGAGUCUCUGAUGGAAAAGCUCACGGAUAAGCUCCACGGAAGCGAUUCCUCCUCCGAUUCCGACGACGACGACAAGGAAAUCAAAUCGACGGUCUCCGCCGUCAAGGCCAAGAUCUACCGCUUGUUUGGACGUGAGAAGCCGGUCCACAAGGUUCUGGGCGGCGGAAAACCUGCUGAUAUUUUCUUAUGGAGGGACAAGAAGAUUUCUGCUGGUGUUCUUGGUCUUGCAACCGCAAUUUGGGUGCUUUUUGAAUUGAUGGAAUAUCACCUGCUCACACUUGUCUGCCACAUCGUGAUUCUUGCUCUUGUAAUAUCUUUCUUGUGGACAAAUGCUUCCAGCUUUAUCAACAAGUCUCCACCUAAGAUCCCACAAAUUGUUGUCCCUGAGGAUUUUGUCCUGGGUGUAGCUUCAGCUCUUAGGAUCGAAUUCAAUGGCGCUUUUGCCACUCUUCGAGAAAUAGCAUCUGGGAGAGAUAUUAAGAAAUUUCUUGCUGUGAUUGCUGGCCUUUGGGUUGUUUCAGUUUUGGGAAGCUGCAUGAACUCCCUGACUCUGUUUUACAUAUGCUUUGUUUUGCUGCACACGGUGCCUGUGCUUUACGAGAAAUACGAGGAUCAAGUUGAUGCUUUUGCUGAGAAAGCUGAGGCUGAGAUCAAGAAACAGUAUGCUGUGUUCAAUGCUAAGGUAUUGAGUAAAAUCCCAAAAGGUCCUCUCAAAGAUAAGAAGUUUGCCUAA